AUGCAAAGUUCUUCAAAAAAAAAUGAACUUGAAAAAACAGAUAAUUUGCCACCUGUAUCGACUUCGACUUUUUUACCAGCUUCUUUGUUACAGAGCAUUAUAGGCUGGCAGGAGCAAAAUUUAGAAACUAUCUCAAACCAAGCAAAGGCCAACAAAGCCGCAUCAGAAGAAAAUACUUACCUGCUCCAAAAAAUUGAUUUGCUCGAAAAAGAGUUAAGUUCUCUAAGAAGCAAUCAGCAUAAGGAUCCGAUAGGAAAAAUUGAAAAUACAGUAGAUUUGAAUGCACAAAAAUCAAAGGUCGCCAAAGUGAAUAGAGUUGAAGAGUGUCAGUAUCUGCCUGCGUCUCGCAACCUCUCAGACUUGUCUUCAUCAUCAAGUUUUGUGAUUAUUGAGGACGAUAAUGAGAGAUCCGAGUUUUCGGGUUCAGCGCGUAAAUCGAAUCCCAUUCUCGUAUCGGAGGUGGAAAGAAGACAUAAAGAAGCUUUGAGUCUAGAGACAGAAUGGGAGAAAAAAUAUCAUGAACUUAAAUCAGAGUAUGAUAAGCAAAAAGAUGAAUUCCAGACUCUCAAGAAUCAUUACGCAACAAGAUCAUCGGAGUGGAAACGUGCUAAAAAAUGGUUUAUAAGUGCAAAACAUGAAUUAAAUCAGUUACGUGCUAAAAAGUCCGAAUCUAUUACUCGGGAUGGUACACAAUUCUUGAUUUCUGGUUCAAAGUCUGUGGAGGUGAAUGCUGAAACUAGCACUUGCAGUGUUCUCACCAACUCCAUAAAUGUUCGCGACAAUUCGUCUAUUGAUGUUAAUAGCGUGUCGUUGGAUACACGUUCGCAUUUACAUGAUAAUGGUGGCACGGAUAAUAAUAAUAACAAUGGAUCGGCAUCUUUUGGAAUCUCCUCAACAGAAUUAUUGGAUUCGAUAUCAAAUAAUGUGGAAACCCCACAACUUGAUAGCACAAUGAAUUCAAGUUUUCUCGGUAGAAAUAAAGGUGAAGAUUUAGAGGCUAAAUCACGUGUAGUGGAUAAUAGUAUGAUCAGCAUUGUUUCGGAACGUAGAUCCCAACUUGGAGCAAACUUUGAAAAUCCAAUUAAUAUCAACGAAUGUGAUGACCCAUUCCUCCCUGAUGACGAAGGUGAUGAAGAAUUGGGGAGCAAGAAAAGGACCAUCAUGCAAGAUCAAGGUGACGGUGACAGUUUUCAUUUAUCAGAUAGUAACAAUAAAAGAAAAAGAUGGAAAUCAGUAUUUCAAGAAAGUCUAAGAGAACUAGAAAUCGACGAGUCUGAAGAUUCUACGUUAGUGCAAUUGAAAACAAAACAUAAAAAUCGUCAUGAUUUUAAUGACAUUGUAGAAGAUACAAGUCUGCCUCACACGCCAAUUAGGAAAGAAAAUAAUUCCAGGCGGUCCAUCGGCUCAGAUCCUAGUUAUGGACCUACUAGUGCGUUGCGAAAAAGCGAUCGCCGCCGGUUGCAAGCUGAAGAUUGUCGUGAAUGCCGUCGAUUUUACGAAAUAACAGGUCCGUUACCGUUACUUGGUUCAAUUGGGACACAUAGCAGUAAUCAGGAACAAAGUCCUGAAUCCCUGAUGGAAGCUCGCAUGCAUCAUUGUUCGCGACACCGAAUAAAAUACAGUCGCCCAACUACUCCUCCUGGUUUCUGGCAAGUGGACAUUCCGACAUCACAAGAAAUGGAAGAAACUAGGGAGUUAACCAAAGAGUACAUUAAGCAAAGAGAGGAAGAAAAGAAAAAGGAGCAGGAACAUGCGAAGGCUUAUGAGAGAAAAUGGGUUAAUGCUUUUGAUGCCUAA